CACACACAGACACACACACGAAGCCAGCUGACUUCCUGUAACUGGAGAAGGGAGGAGUUACACUGAUGGUGUUAUCUCUGGGAACAGGGAGCUCUAAAGUGAAAGUGUUCAGGUCCCUUUCCAUCUUGAGUCCCAGAAAAGAGCAGAAAACUGAAGCGUGACUGACUUCAGACCAGAACAUGAGUGUUCGUUUAGAGGAGGAGGAGGACAGAGCAGAGUCUCCUGGACCCAGCUGUCUGUCUCUGAAGAGUGACCGGUCCAAAGAUGAUUUUAUAAACUUCAGUCCUGAAGCUGGACCCUCAGACUCACAAUUUAGGUCAAAGGGACAGAGAGCAGAGUCUCCUGGACCCAGCUGUGGGGCUCUGAAGACUGACUGGUCUAAAGAUCAUCCUCCAGACCUCAGUAAUGAACCUGGAACCAGCUAUGUGUCCCUGAAGACUGACCUGUCCAAAGAUGAACCUCUGCUCUUCAGUAAUGAACCGGGACCCUCAGACUCACAGGGGAGGAAGAGGAGUCCUGUCUCUGUGGAGGAGCAGCCGUCCUGCUGUGCUGUGUGUCAGGACGUCCUGAAGGAUCUGGUCUCUACCAGCUGUGGACACUGGUUCUGCAGACAGUGCCUCGCCUCAUACUGGGACCAGUCUGGUUCACCAGGAGACUCCUCCUGUCCUCAGUGUGUAAACGGGUCAAGAACAAGACCUGGAUCUGAGACAGCCAGUGAGAGCAGCCCUGAACACAAGCCUGGUGGUCUGCAGGAGGUUUUAAAGGAACACAAGACCAGUCUGAGGAGGAGAUCUGAACGUGUGACUGAAGGAAGUGAUGAAACAGGAAGUAGAACCCUCCUCAACAGGAUCUACACUGAGCUCUACAUCACAGAGGGACAGAGUGAAGAGGUGAAUACCCAACAUGAGGUGAGCCAGCUUGAGACCGCCUCCAAGAAGAAGAUCCUCCAGGACACUCCCAUCAAGUGCCAGGACAUCUUCAGAGCCUUACCUGGUCAACAGAAACUCAUCAGAGUGGUUCUGACAGUCGGCGUCGCUGGGAUUGGAAAAACCUUCUCAGUGCAGAAGUUCACUCUGGACUGGGCAGAGGGCUCAGAGAACCAAGACCUCAGUCUGCUGGUUCUGCUUUCAUUCAGGGAGCUGAACCUGAUCAGAGAUGAGCGGUACAGUCUCCUCCAGCUGCUCCAUGAUUUCCAUCCAACAUUACAGAAGGUCCCAGCAGAGACGCUGGCUGUCUUUAAACUGGUGUUCAUAUUUGACGGCCUGGACGAAAGCAGACUGUCUCUGGAUUUCAACAACACUCAGGUUGUGUCUGACGUCACACAGGAGUCGUCUGUAGACCUGCUGUUAACAAACCUCAUCAAAGGGAAUCUGCUCCCCUCAGCUCUGGUCUGCAUCACUUCUCGACCCGCAGCAGCCAAUCAGAUCCCUCCUUCACGCGUUGACAGGGUAACAGAAGUCCGAGGCUUCACUGACGCCCAGAAGGAGGAGUACUUCAGGAAGAGGUUCAGGGAUGAAGAUCUGUCCAGCAGAAUCAUCUCACACAUCAAGACCUCCAGGAGCCUCCACAUCAUGUGUCGGAUCCCGGUCUUCAGCUGGAUCACUGCUACAGUUCUGGAGCACAUGAUAAGCACAGAGCAGAGAGGAGAGCUGCCCAAGACCCUGACUGACAUGUACUCACACUUCCUGCUGGUCCAGACCAAGAGGAAGAGGAAGAAGUACGCUGAGGGUCCUGAGACCAGUCCUCAGGAGCUGAUGGAGGCUGACAGGGAAGUUCUCCUGAAGCUGGGCAGGCUGGCGUUUGAACAUCUGGAGGAAGGAAACAUCAUGUUCUACCAAGAAGACCUGGAGCGCUGUGGUCUGGAUGUCACAGAGGCCUCGGUGUACUCAGGACUUUGUACAGAGAUCUUCAAAAGAGAGUUUGUGAUCUUCCAGAAAACAGUCUACUGCUUUGUUCAUCUGAGCGUUCAGGAGUUUCUGGCUGCAGUCUACAUGUUCCACUGUUCCACAAGCAGGAACAAAGCAGUACUGGAGGAACAAGACAGGAACAAAGCAGUACUGAAGGCUUCACAGAAGGAACAAGACAAGAACAAAGCAGCACUGGAGGCUUUACUGGAGGAACAAGACAGGAACACAGCAGCACUGGAGGAACAAGACAGGAACAAAGCAGCACUGGAGGAACAAGACAGGAACAAAGCAGCACUUGAGGAACAAGACAGGAACAAAGCAGCACUGGAGGAACAAGACAGGAACAAAGCAGCACUGGAGGAACAAGACAGGAACAAAGCAGCAAUGGAGGAACAAGACAGGAACAAAGCAGCACUGGAGGAACAAGACAGGAACAAAGCAGCACUGGAGGAACAAGACAGGAACAAAGCAGCACUGGAGGAACAAGACAGGAACAAAGCAGUACUGGGGGCUUUUCUGGAGGAACCACACAGGAACUCAGAAGCACUGGAGGCUUUACUGAAGGAACAAGGCAGGAACACAGCAGCAUGGAAUUCUUUACUGGAGGAACAAGAAAGGAACAAAGCAGCACUGGAGGCUGUACUGGAGGAACAAGAUGGGAACAAAGCAGCACAGGAGGCUUCGCUGGAGGAACAAGACAGGAACAAAGCAGCACUGGAGGCUUUAUUAGAUAAACAAGAUGGGAACAAAGUAGCACUGGAUGCUUUACUGGAGGAACAAGAAAGGAACAAAGCAGCACUGGAGGCUUUACUGGAGGAACAAGACAAAGUUUCAACUCUAGAAGACCUCCUGAAAGGAGCUAUGAUGAAAGCCCUGAGAAGUGAAAAUGGUCACCUGGACCUGUUUGUCCGCUUCCUUCAUGGACUGUCUCUGGAGUCAAACCGGAGACUCUUAGGAGGUCUGCUGGGUCACACAGACAACAGUCCAGAGAUGAUCCAAAGAGUCAUCAACAACCUGAAGGAGAUGAACAGUGAUCAGAUCUCUCCUGACAGAAUGAUCAACAUCUUCCAUUGUCUGACAGAGAUGAAGGACCUCUCAGUCCAUCAGGAGAUCCAAGAGUUCCUGAAGUCAGAGAACAGAUCAGACAGACUCUCUGAGAUCCAGUGCUCUGCUCUGGCCUACAUGCUUCAGAUGUCAGAGGAGUUCCUGGAUGAGUUAGAUCUGGAGAAGUACAACACAUCAAGAGAGGGACGAUGGAGACUGAUUCCAGCUGUGAGGAACUGCAGGAAGGCUCGACUUACAGGCUGUGACCUCGUAGAGACUCACUGUGAAGUUGUGGCCUCUGCUCUGAAGUCCAACCCCUCCCAUCUGAGAGAGCUGGACAUGACUCUCAACCACCUGCAGGAUUCAGGAGUGGAUCUUCUGUCAGCUGGACUGAAGAGUCCUCACUGCAGACUGGGGACUCUGAGAUUGAGUCUCUGCAGUUUGUCAGAGAUCAGCUGUGCUUCUCUGGCGUCUGCUCUGAAGUCCAACCCCUCCCAUCUGAGAGAGCUGGACCUGGGUGACAACGAGGAGCUUCAGGAUUCAGGAGUGGAGCAGCUGUGUGGUUUUCUGGAGAGUCCACUCUGCAGACUGGAGACUCUGGGGUUGAGUUGCUGCAGUUUGUCAGAGAUCAGCUGUGCUUCUCUGGCCUCUGCUCUGAAGUCCAACCCCUCCCAUCUGAGAGAGCUGGACCUGAGAGGAAACAAGCUGCAGGAUUCAGAAGUGAAGCAGCUGUCUGAUCUUGUGGAGAGUCCCCUCUACACACUGCAGACUCUGAAGUCAGUACAGUGUUGUGGUCCGUUCAUGCUGGUUUCAGAUGUAAUGUAACAAACACAUUUAGUAUCACAGCAAAGACGGUUUCUCUCUGUAAACCUCCAAACUUCUCAGCGGCUGCUUUCCUCAGUGAAGCUGUGAGAGGACGAUGACGGGCUUCAGGAAGCUUGUUGUGAUCAUUAUUAUAUUAU